AUGCCUCCCUUGAGCCCUCCUCCAAUGGUUCCGUCAUCUUCCAAUUCUGCUGCUGGCCAGCAGGCGUUGUCGAGUGCAAGCAAUAAUGGGUCAGCAAAAUUGUUUCCACUCAAUGUUUCCCAUUUAACUCUAUCUUCCAAUAAUAUUCCGAUCAAUCGAUUGCAGAGUCCUACAACAAAUAUUAAUCAAGGCACAUCUUCAUCAGGAACAAUAAUUAAUACAAUCAUUGAUGAGAAUCAAAACGAAUUUUUAGAAUUGAUUGAAGCUGAAACCUAUGUAGAUAUAGAGAGAUUGCGUGAUUUGUCUCGACACGGAGUUCCUGAUGAUUUGAGAUCAUCUGUUUGGAAAUACCUUCUGGGAGUUGUAUCUGCCGACAAAGCCGAGCAAAUGAAACGAGAGCAUAUGUAUUUUCAAUCGGUGAAGCAACAACAAUUACAAAAUAGUUCUUCACCACUUGGAUUGGUUUACUCAAAACAGAAUAUCAUUCUUUCGGUCGCCCAACAAAGUCUCACUCAAUCAAAAAUUAGACAUUACAGCAUUGAGGAAUUGUUAUAUCUUUUAAAGCCAUUCGAAUCAAUUUACAUGAUGGAUGCUAAUUUAAAAUAUAACCCCUCAAAGGAAAAUCAAGGAGGCAAAAAUGAUGCUGAGAAGAACAUUCAUGACAUGUAUCGAUGUUUUGAAAUAUUUCUUCAAAAGGACUAUUUCAAAGAGAGCGUGUCUUUUAAAGUUGCCAAACUGAUUACGCUCUUCAAAUGCACUCAACCUGAUCUGUAUCAAUAUUUUGAGAAUGAGGAAGUAGAACCAAAUGAAUGGUGUCUUCCAUGGAUCAAAUAUUUACUCUCGAAAGAGCUUCCAAUUGAAUGUGUGAAACGAUUAUGGGACACUUAUUUUUCAACUCAUGAUUUUGAUCUUCAUAUUUAUGUAUGCCUAGCAAUUUUACAGUAUUUCAGUGAGACGUUGAUGGAGUUAGAGUACAGCGAAAUCAAAUAUUUUCUUAAUCAUAUUUAUACAAUUGAGAAUGAGGAUGGUGAGAAUAGCUUACUUCGAAUUAUUCCUCACAUUAUCAAGCAAGCAUAUAACUUUAGAGCCUAUGUGAAAUCAAGGCAAUUGAUAUAA